GUGAGUGACCUUUUUCUCAAAUUAAUUCCAAGUGCUAUGUCUUCCUUCUAUUUCUCUCUCUUCAGUAUGAUACUUGUUUGACCUCUCCGAUACAAUACAUGUGUUGCGGUCGAUGGUAAAAUGGGCCCCUCUGUUGUCGUGCGGAACUUGGCAGGCGAGGACGUCAUUUUCAUUGCAAAUGAUUGGCACACAGCUCUUGUCCCCUUGUAUCUCAAGAGUAGGUUCAUUCCCAAAGGGAUCUAUAUGAACGCCAAGGUUGCAUUGUGUGUGCAUAAUCUAGCGUAUCAAGGGAAGUUUCAAGAGGAUCAUUUCGACUACAGAAUGCUUGACCUUCCAGAACAUUUUCGACCGGCGUUCAUAAUGCCUGAUAGCUUACAUCAGGACAAGCAUGAGAAAGCUUCAAAUGAGCAUCAGCUAUUGAACUGGAUGAAAGCCGGUAUUGAGGAAGCUGAUUUGCUAUUGACCGUCAGUCCAACAUAUGCCAAUGAGGUCUCCACAGAGGAAGAGCGGGGUGCAGGUCUGCGGGAACUCGUUUCCAGGAAAGGAAUGGUGGGAAUAAUGAACGGAGCUGACAUCAGUGAGUGGAGUCCCAUGACUGACAAGUAUCUCGAUGUGAGGUAUGACAUUGAAACGGUUCUUGUUGUGAAGCCUGUUGUAAAGGAGCAGCUGCAAGCAGAGGCAGGUCUGCCGGUACGGCCAGACGUAACAUUGUUUGGGUUCAUGGGACGGCUCCAGGAGCAGAAAGGGUUAGACAUUCUGGCAGCUGCGAUCCUGACAUUCCUCCAAAAACAACAGCAGCAGGAGAAGACUGCUCAGUUCGUUUUGCUGGGUACGGGAAAGCCGGUUUUCGAGAAACAGGUGCAGGAGCUGGAGGGCAAGUUUCCUACGCAAGUGCGAGGGAUGAUAGAGUCAAGUCGACGACUUGCACAUCUGAUCGUCGCAGGAUGUGACUUCAUGGUCGUUCCUAGCCGCUACGAGCCCGAUGGACUCGUCCAACUGUAUGCAAUGCUUUACGGAACGCCGGAGCUGGUGAUGGAGGAUGCAGCAAAGGUUGUUGCAGGCCUGGAGCGUGCAGCGGGCAUUUAUGGGACCACCUGGUACCGCAGCAUGGUCCUUACAGCUAUGUCCCAAGAUCUCUCCUGGAGGGGUCCUGCAAGAGCUUGGGAGCAGGCAAUGCUGACUUUGCGCCAAGAGGGGAGAAGUGGAGAGGCAAAGCCGAGUAAAAUCGUGCCCGGAAAGAGACCAAGCGAGGAUGAUAUUGGGACAAAUUGGACUUUCAGGAACACUCAGUCUUGUUCAUCAAGCAACAACCACUCUUUCAAAAAUCAUAUGGCGUAGAAACUGCCGACAAGAAGAUUAUUGCAGAAUCAACGCAGAGAGGGGAUAUGCGAGGAGUAAAAGACUGAAGUCAAG